UAAAAAUGAAAAAAUAAACUUAAUUUUAAGAAAUUGAAAAUUAUGAUUAUGUAUCAGCUGCAACAAAAAUUUUAGAAAAAAGAAGAUAAAUGUAUGAAAUUCACGAAUAAUUUAAAUCAUAAAAAAUAGAACAUAAAAACAAAGAGGAAUAAUUUAAAAUUCAAGAAUAAGAUUUAAGAGAACAAGAUAUGGCUAUAUAAGCAGAACUAAUUAAUUUUUGCAAAUUUCUUUAAGAAAAUGAAGCAAAAAAAUUACGCGCAGAAAAAAGACUUUAAGAAGAAACAAAGUAAAAAGAAUAAAAAGAAAAAGAAAUAAAUGAUUUAGAAAAUUAGUAUUAAGAAUUAUAAAAUUAACAAUAGAAAUUAGAAUAAAAAGUUAAUUCUUUAAAAAAAUAUGAAGAAUAUCUCGAAAGUGUCAUUAAAGUUCAUGGCGAUUAAUUUUAAGAUUUAUCUGAAAUAUUAGUAAGAUACAAAACUUUGAGUGUAAGUAAUGAAAAUUUAUUAAAGGAACAUAAAUUAUUAGAAAGAGAAAAAGAAGAUUUAAAACAUACUGCCGCAUUAUUUGUAAAAGAAAAAAGUUAGGAAAUAUUAUAAUGUAGUAAUGAUAUUAAAGAAUUAUCUAAAAAAUUAGAAGUAUUUAUUUUUUUAAAAAUAGAAUAUAAUUAUAAAGUAAAUAAAUAAAGGAAAAGAAAAAUGAAAAAAUAUAAAUUUUAAAUUAAAUAGAAGAUACAAAUAAUAAAUCUAGAUAAAAAAAUUUAAAUUUAGGAAGAAUAUUGAUUGCAGCUGAUAAUAUACAUGAAAGAUGUAUAUAAGGAAUGCAAAAAUUAAGAUAAAAUUUUGAAGAAAGCUAAAAAUUGUAAAAGGAAAAAAGAAAAGAUAAAAAAGUUAUUGAAAAAGAAAAGAAAAAUACUCAAAAAGAUAAGUAAGAUAAUAAAUAAGAAAAUGAGGAAAGUUAUGAAGAGAAAUGCAAAAAAGCAGAAAUUAAGUUAAGAAUAAUUAGA